ACUCUACUAACAUCACCACUCCGUCACUUACGCUCUCACAAUCUCACACAGCUGCGUAAACCGCCUUUUCCCUCUCACUUGUUCAAAAUCAAUUUCUAGGGUUUCGAAUUCUCGCAGUAGUUGCACAAUUCAUUACUCAAUCACAUCAGAAAUGUUUAACAGCCAAUUCGACGGAAACGCCGCCUUCUCCGGUGGCGGUUUCAUGCCUUCUCAAGCCACUCAGUCCGCCGACCCUUCCUAUUCUACCGCGAAAAAUCGUGAUGCUCAGGCAUUAGUGCCAUUGACAGUGAAGCAGAUGAAUGAAGCUGUUUCAGCUUCCAACGAGAGUGGAACUUUCCUGGUUGACGGUGUUGAUGUUAGCAAUGUGACACUUGUUGGGUUGGUGUUUAACAAGACUGAAAGGGUUACUGACGUUGGUUUUGUCCUCGAUGAUGGAACUGGGAGGAUUGAUGUUCACAGAUGGGUUAAUGAACCUCACGACUCGAAUGAAUUGUCAAAGAUUAUGGAUGGUAUGUAUGUACGUAUCUAUGCAAGUUUGAAAGGGUUUCAUGGUAAAAAGCAAUUGACGGCAUUUUCUGUCAGACCGCUGACUGACUUUAAUGAAGUUACAUUUCACUACCUGGAGUGCAUGUAUGUUCACGUAUACUGUACCAAAUUGCAGCCAGCUAAUGUUUCUACUGAUGCUCAAAUGAUCUCUUCAGUAAAUGGCACCCCUUUCAGAGGACACCAGGGUAUCCAGCAGAAUCAAUUUCCUGGACAGUUUGAUGAAUUAAGGGGCGUUGACCAAAUGGUGAUGGAGUAUCUGCAGCAACCUGCUAACUUGGCAAAGACAGUAGGGGUGAAUGUUAACGAGAUUGCACAGCGAUUAAGUAUUCCACUUGAUAAGAUCAUGACAUCGGUAAAACAUCUAGAAGAGGAAGGCUUUGCCUACUCAACGCUCGAUGAAUACCACUACAAAUCAACAGCAAAUGCUUGAUUACCCUGUUUGCUCACUUCUAAAGGCCGGGUUCCUAUUCUAGCUGUCUGAAGACUUAACUUUUUAUCUGCAUACCGCCUGUAAAUUUAUUUGUGGUUCAUUAAUGAGCACCUUUCAAGUUUGAACAUAAUCCAGAUCAAGUUUAGACGAGAAUUGUAGAAAAGGAUAUGGAAAACGUGGAGUUUUAGACGAGAAUGUAGAUCAAUACUGGUAGUUCCAUGCGGGUGUCCUAAAAUGUUCUUUAUAUUUUUAUUUAUACUAUCAUAUUAAUGCUUUAA